CCUUGCCCCUCAGGCCGCCGAGAUAUUAGGUUAGUACAUACAUAAUGCAAUGUAUGUAUGCGCAUGAACCCAUAGCUGUAUCUUUAAACUCUAAACUCUCCUGUUUUACAUUAAGCUGUGCCUCAUUAGGCAAACAAUUUUUAUCCUCUUCUACUUCUACUUCUGCAACGAUAACUCCAUUUUGCCAUAUUGCUAUUUUACCAAUAAUCAUUCGUUAAUUCAUAUCAACCUCCUAUUUUACUUAUCUCUCCUAUAUCCACUUGAUCAACAUGUCGGCCCCAACUGAUACGAGCAAGGCUAAUCCAGCGCCUGAAUCUCCGACCACUGUACGCCCUUUCGAAAUGGACGACGAUGAUAUCCAAGAGACGGGCAUUCUUGGGGAUGAUAAUGCCCAUCAGACGACCGCGACCGCGAACGCGACCUCGACUGCCGCCAACCCGCCCACAGUCAGCGAAGAAACCGCACCGCCCAAGCCUCCUCGGCCAGUCACCGAGCAACAGAAGAAAGAAUUAAUUCUCAAGGAGGCCUUUCCGAGCAUCGAAUUACCGGUCAUCAAAGCCGUUUUAAUCGCGAGCGGUGGUCAAAUCGAUCCAGCUUUCAAUGCUCUAUUAGCUAUGAGCGAUCCGGAUGCCGUCCAAAACGAACCCGCGCGCGAGGAGGCUGCCCCUCCGCCUCAACCUCCGCGGCCUACUGGGGCUAGAAGUCCCAUGUCGCAAAUAGAGGCCGACGAGCUCUACGCCCGAGAACUUACCCAAUACUACGAAAAUGUUGGUGCCUACGAAGCGAGAACGACAAAUCAAGGUCACGGUGGCCAGUAUCGCCGACAAGCGACAGGUCUAAAGCCCAACGAGAUGUACGACCGAGACCACAGCUUCAUUGAUGAUGACUUGCCCGUCAUUAAGGAAAACCUCCGCAAAGGAUUCCUUGAGACGCAAACGAAGGUCAACUCCUGGUUCACCAACUUAAAGAAGAAGAUCGACGGCGAGUAUGAUGAAAAUGAGGACGAGACGCAGCCCUCUAAGCAUCAACGCCAGGGUUUCGGUAGACGUAGUGGGGAAGGCUCGCGAAGAAGUGCCGACUACGAUCGCUACGACGCCGACCCACAAGUUCUCAGCGACGACUUUGCAGGGAUAAGGCUUCAUCCGGAUGGUAGGCCAUCUCAAGAACGCCCUUCAGGCAACCCAAGUCUCUAUAGACCACCGCCAUCUACAUCUCCUAAACCUGAGGGUCGCAAGGUUGCCUUUAAGGAGGGAGUCGAAGACAUUGACCAAUAUAAUGCCUCCCCAAGAAUUCCACCCAAAGACAGCAGCGCAACUCCCCCUCCCGGCAAGCAGAGCAAAUGGCAGCCUUUGUCGACAAUUGAACCCGAUCCGAUUACAGAUAACGACCCUUUCAGCCUCGGGGACAGCGAGGACGAGAAAGACGCGAAGGAAAAGAAUAGCGGAGGGAUCAAGAUGGAAGACAGCGAAAGGCUCAAGCAAGCUACAGCAGAUGCUAUGGCUGAUAACUUGGUCGGGGGUUCUGGAAAGAAGACGGGUGGUAAGGAUUAAAUGAGACGGGGUUAGAAUACCGAUUACUGCACAUUUAGUGGUAGAGGUAGAGAAGGUAGAGAUAGGGUAAUGUUGAGUGACGCGGCUUGAUUGCGCCGUACGUAGCUAGGCUAUGCUACGCUAUUCAUUGGCCUUUACAUCAUCAUUA